AUGGAAGUCGACGAUAACGAUAUCCCAGAAACUGGAGCGGUUUUUACUUUUGGUAAGAGUCGAUUUGGUGAUAACCGAACCAAUAAAUUUUGGAUCCGUAGCGAUAAAGUAACCGAUAUUGCUUGUGGUGACGAACACACGGUAGUAGUUACAGAAAAUGGACGACUUUUCACAUUCGGUAAUAAUGAAUGGGGACAACUAGGAAUUGGUAGUAAUAAAACUAGAAAUAAACCAACCACUGUCAAAGCUUUGAAACCAGAAAAAAUAACUCAUGUGGCCGCAGGAAGAUUCCAUACGUUAGCUGUUACAGAUUCCAAUAAAUUAUAUAGCUUUGGUCAAGGUAGUGAAGGUGCAUUAGGACAUGGCGAUGAAACGGAUCUUAAUAUGCCAACAUCAAUUGAAAGUUUAGAAGAUAAAGACGUAAACAUCAUUGCUUGCGGCGGUUACCAUUCUGCUGCCAUAACAAAAAAUGGAGAGCUAUAUAUUUGGGGUAGUAAUAGUGAAGGUCAACUUGGCUUAAAGAAUGAUACAAUAUCAUAUCCGACAAUGCUGGAUCUGGGUAAAUCGGUGAUUUCAGUUGCUUGCGGUUAUUAUCAUACAGCCGUAGUGACAGCUGAUGGCAAACUUUAUACAUUUGGUGAAACAGAAGGUGGUAAAUUAGGUUUAGGAGAUAUAGAAGCGCACAAAGUAACAAAGCCAAAGGUUGUUAAAGGAAUAUCCGGUAAAGUUGUUAAAGUUGCUUGUGGUGGAAAUCACACUGUCGCUUUAACAGCUUCUGGCCAAGUUUAUACAUUUGGAUCAGGACAAAAUGGCCAAUUAGGGCUAGGCUCAAAAAUAAUGGAUUCUAACAUUCCAAAAUUAGUUGAAGCAUUAUCUAAACGUAAAAUUAAACAUAUAGCUUGUGGUGAAAGUCAUACAGCUGUUGUAUCAGAUAAAGGAGAAUUAUUUACUUUUGGCGAUGGCCGUCACGGGAAAUUGGGACAAGGAGACGAAAGCUUUUCUAAUUUAUUCAAGCCUGUUAAAGUCCAACGUUUAAAGGAAUUUAUCGUCCUUCAUAUCGCUUGUGGUGGAUGCCAUACUAUUGUUGCAUGCAAUAAAAUCGAUAAAUUAGCUAACGGCGAUGACGAUAAUGAAUCAUCUAGUAAUGAUGAAGUCGAUUUUGGCAAAACUAAGCUCAUGUUAUCAAGCGAUGAAUUGAAUCGAACUGAUGAUAUCCCUUUAUCAGCCAGAGAUCGUCAUCGAAAGAAAGAUAAUUCGCCACUAAAUAAAACUCUACCACAAAUUGGAAAGCGACAAUUAGCACCGUUGAGAGGCAAAGGACUACAAAAUGAGGAAGACGGAUUAUUUAGUGCACAAAAACGAUUAGGAAAAUUAAAACUGCAAGACAGUGAUAGCGAAGAAGAUGACUAUCGCAACAAAAAGGCUUCGAAGAAGCACAUUAGCAAAAGCAGGAAGGAUGAAGACAAUGAAAGUGAAGAUGAAGAAGAAAGUAGAUUUAGCCGUAAAAAAGAUAAGAAAAUGCUUGCUAGUAAAGACUUCAAGAGAAGUAAGCAGCUGCGAAAAGAAGAAUCAUCAGAUGAAGAGGAAGAAGAGGAUCAGUCUGAAGAUGAACGAUCUAAUAGAAAAAGAAUACAAUCUAAGAAAGUAAAUAAAAGAGCGAGCAGGAAGCGUAAAGAUGAAGAUGAUGAAGACAAUGACGACGAAGAAGAUAGCGAAGAUGAGGAUGAAAAGCCCAAGAAUAGCAAGAAAGUAGUCAAGAAAAAAGAAUUAAGGGAUGAUUCAGAAGAAGAGUCUGAAAGUGAUAUUAGGGCAAAGAAAAAGAAACCGGAAAAGAAAGCCAGAGUAAUGCCAUCAGACUCUGAAGAAGAAUUAACUUCAAAUAGAAAAAAGAAAAAUCGUAAGCAAAGAAGCAGAAGUGAUGAUGAUGAGGACGAAGACGAUUACAAGAAGAGAUCUGAGGAAGAAAAUGUCAACGCCACUGAAAGUGACUCCGAACCAUCGAGAAAAAAAGGUCAAGGAAAGAAAGGCAAGAAAUCAACCUCUCGAAAUUCAGAAGAAGAUAGCAAAUCUAAAAGGAAAAAGGGUAAGAAAAAGAGGAGGGAUACAACAGACGACGAUGAGGACGAUGAAGUGAAUAAAAGUCAGCAAAAUGAAAAUGCUGAACAAGCGCCACCACAACCCGUGCAACCUGCACCCGCACCAGCGAAAAAGGGUUUCUUUAGCUUCCUUAAACGUCGUAAUGCAGCGGAUGCACAUAAAACUACCGCUCCAAUUACAGCUAAGGAAAUAGAGGAUCAAUCUACUGAAGCCCAAGCGCAACCAUCAGCCGAAGCAAUGCCUCAACAACCAACACAGGCUAAAUCUGGUGUAUGCACUUUAUUAUAG